CUCUUCUGCGAAGUAAAGGCGCGAUCACUUGAAAAAUCGUAAACAGCAUCUCUCCGUCAACAUACACAUCAGAGCUGAGACCUGGAGAAAAUGCAAAAGUCACACAAUCUCCUUCCUCCGCGAACAACGCACAUCCAUCUAUCGCUGGUAAAUAAAAUCUCCGCAUAGAGCGCAGUGACUCACGCACACAACAAGAGACCAAACCGCUACUCCGCGCAAGCACACUCUCUUACAACGUAAUAUCGAAGCUUCGCGAAAAAAAAAUCCAGUCCACCGCUUCUUCGGAAAAAAAAGAAAGAAAGAAACAUCCGCAAUCUCGGGAAUAGCGGCGAGACCGCCUCGACUCCCCGCGGAGCCGUCAGGGGCAAGAGCUACUCUCUGGCGUCUCUUAUCAUCUCGAGAGAGCUUGCGAGAUGCGAUGCACUCCGCAGAGAGCGAAGAGAUUAUAACACGUACACAUGCGCGCAUUAUCGCACGGAGACUGGGAGAGACAGAGAGAAAGAGAGAUGAUAUCGAGUCCGGCGAUCGCCACGACGAACUUAUAAAUCGUUCGGCCUCCCCUCGGCUCCGGCCAGUACCACAGCAUUGUUCGUGCUUCGUAUCUCGUAACUUUGUCCGUCUCUAUACGAGCAAUUUCGUUGCAGUUUGCAAUAGUUACACCGAGCUGAGAGAUUAUUCUUUCUUGCUACGCAGUAGUUUUUUGUUCUCUCGCUCUCUCUCUCUCUCUCUCUCUCUCUCUCUCUCUCUCGUCUACAAGUGCGCGCUGAGACUUAUUGUCCCGUACACAAAGUUUUGGUACAAUUCUAAUUUUCGAUCGGCAUCGGUCGAUAUAGUGCGCCUGAUCCUUAGCAUUUAGUAAGCUCAUUACUGGAGAUUUCGAGAAGUGCACCGCAGGGUUUUUCGCUGGAGAAUCGAGACGGAAUCUGUAUGAGGUUGGAAGGCGACAACAGCCAUCAGAGGGAAGUUCGCAGCGUUUCUGCCGCGGAUCGGUAUUCGCAGACGAGCGAAAAGCUCGGGGAAAUCGCUGCGCUGAGGAAAUUCGCCGAGACCUUGCUUUUUGGAGCAGCCUGUACUGAAUGCAAUAGGAUGUCCGCAGUUCCCCAAGCCGCGUUCGCAGUGCUCCAGGUCCGCAAAAACUUCGAGAGAGCUUACUCCACUGAGCCGGAGGAGGAGAGCCCCCGAGACGGCAAAACCGGUGGAUUCAACGCCAAAGUUCUCCAGGAAGGCCGAGAGCUGACUCCUCUGAAGUACAACAGCAAGUUGAUGAACAGCAUCUGGGGUCUGUACAAUCGUUACUCGGUGCACAAUUUCAAGAAAAUCGACGCCAACGAGACGGGCCUUUUUGCGGCUUGCUCGAGGGUCGGGCGCGAGGCUGCGGAGGGCCCGACCGCGCGCAUCAUCGCCGGUUCCAGCGCCGGCCACUGAUAGCCGUUCUACAGCCACCUUGACGCCCGAAUUUCCCAGCCAGUGAUCGGUCACUGCGCGCACCUUCACUCGAGCCUCCUUAAUCACGUCUGUUAUAAUACCCGCAUGUUAUUCAGCGCAGGGCCGCUGAAGGCGAUUACUUAUUUAUGUGUCGCGCUGCGGCGGAGCCUGACGAUGAUGGGGGACGACGAGCCGCCGAAGUUAUACUUACUGACGCGAUGUAUGCUGCGGCUCCCGCGACGGUGGGGGUAAAUGUUUAUUGCUCAUCGCGCGAGAGUCGUCGACGUCCAGGCGGUGCUUCUGUUAAAGUAUAUUAUACUUAUAUUAUAUAUGAUGAUAUCGAUGUAUAAUUGUGUUUAUAUAAUAAUCUUUCGAUUAUGACAUUAUUGUUUGUAUACUGAUGUUAUUUGGUGCAUUAAAACUGUGAUGUGCUGUUGAUGAAUUUGAA